AUGCAAAAACUUUUACUAUUAUAUUCAGCCUUUUUAUGUAGAGUAUGGUCAGUAUGGUACAUUAACCAGCCAGUACAGACUAUCAUCAAAGAGAAUUGUCUUUAUGGUAAGUUGGAAACGACUUUGAGUUAUUUUAUGGCCAUAUUAAGUUACUCCAUGCCCAUAAAGCCUCAAAACUUGAUAUUAGGCCCCAAAAAAGUUUUGUCGUUUUUUACUGUGAAAAUACAUGUAAAUAAACGACAAGACUUUUUUGCACGCUCUGAUGGCUAGUCUUGUUAUCAAAAAACAUGCUAAAACUAAAGUAAAUAACAGUAUAUUGUCUUAUCAGACCAUUCUACAUCUAUUUACCUACAUUAUGUUACCUAAACUUAUAUUGUUUUAGAGUGCGACACCACCAUAGACUGCCCGAACGGACUUAGCUGCUUUCAAGCCUCACAGAACAGUAAAGGAUGCUGUUUAAAUAGUAUGUUAUCUCAUUUUUUCUUUACUUUAAUAUUAAGCUUGAGAAGUAUAGCUAUAUUUCAAUCAAAAACUCUAAAAUUAUAUUAUCCAUGACCAAUAGGUCCUUUUACUUGAUUAUUUUUAAUAUUAUAGUGUUUACCUCAACUUUUCUUAUAAAUCUAGCUUCAUUAUGAUCUUCACGAACUUUUUUUACGGAAAGAAAGUGUUUCAUAUCAAAAACCAGCCUUUAAACCAUCAAAAUGUCAUGAAUAAUAUAGCUUUCACCUCAUUUUUACUCAAAUUCCAAACUUUUUUAAUUCUAAACCAUAAUAUUCUCCCAAAUAAAGUAACGCAGAUCAAGUAAAAGCCUUUAGGCUAAACAUAUUUAACGAUUAAGAAUAAAAUAUUCAGUCCUGAAACCCAACCAAACGGGAUGUUUCCUGGAUGAGCAAUGUACUCGGGCGUGUUCAACAAGUUAUUGUAAAAAGAACGACGAUACCAUUGGAAGAUGUGCCUGUCGGCCUGGCUUCAACUUCUUAUUCGGCAAAUGCUGUAAGUUUCCUUUAUUCUAAACAAAACGCCAAGAGUCGUGUUUUCGUGGUGGUACCUAAGCAUUGUAACAAUGUUUUUUAAUAUUUUACCUUUUUUUGUAUUAUAUGUCGUUAAAAAUGUUCAUGUACAUUGAUUUUAAUUCAAAAUAUACAAUUUCUUAUCAAUUUCAGGGAAAGACUGCCCAUACUUUGCCUCACGCAAAGUUCAGAUGGAUGCUGUGGAUGAGGACGAAACUCAAUGUUUGUUGAACUCCAACGACCUUGAUUUUGAGUUGAUUGGUUCGAAUCGAUGGAGAAGAUCGUUAGAGUAUUGUUAA